GGCUCCGCAUUCAGGCUCCUGGUCUCCAAACACCUGGAUCCUUCGAGAUGCGCGGGCCUGUAUUCAGGUGAACGAAACGACGGGUUGGAGACUUGCUGGCCAGCUACAUCCCAGAGGAUGAGGCGCUGAUGCUGCGGGAUGGACGCUUUGCGUGUGCCAUUUGCCCCCAUCGCCCAGUACUGGACACCUUGGCCAUGCUGACUGCCCACCGUGCAGGCAAGAAGCAUCUGUCCAGUCUGAAGCUCUUCUAUGGCAAAAAGCAGGCAGGCAAGGAAACAGAGCAAAAUCCAAGGCAGCAGAAAGACCUGAAGACAGAAACGAAAGCUGAGGCGCCUUUGCUAACCCAGACCCGAUUGAUCACGCAGAGUGCUCUGCACAGAGCUCCCCACUAUAACAGCUGCUGCCGGAGGAAACACAGACCGGAAGCCCCUGCUCCCUCUGUCUCCAGUUCUCCUUUGCCAGCCCCAGAGGUUGGACUCCAGAGUACAAAGAUCAGUAGGGAACCCGAACCUAAGGCAGGAUCGCAUGCCAAAGAGUCAUCUGCUCCCGUGAGCCCCACGAAACGACGAAUCCUGAACCAUUACCUUACUCUUCGAAGCUCGGGAUGGGUCCCAGAUGGACAAGGCCGAUGGAUAAAAGAUGAGAAUGUUGAAUUUGACUCGGAUGAGGAAGAGCCCCCUGACCUCCCCGUGGACUAACAACCCCUUUCCCCAUCUCUUCCACAGAUAAACUGUAGUUGUUCUGGGAGCCUAAUGGUCCUUGUUCGACCUUAGGAUUUCAAAUCUGUUCAUCUCAGCCUGGCCACUCCUUUCCUGCAGUGUCCAUGGCUCCAUACUCUGACCCCUCCCCCACUCUCUACCAAAGCCUUGCCAAGCGUCAGCUGCAUUCAGCCUGGUGCCCUAUUAAUAAGUCUGUCAGGAGGAGGUCCCUGCCCUUCCUGUAGUCUGACUCCCUCCCCACCUCCACCCUCAGUCCCUUUCCUUCAGCUCACAUGUGGAUGGCCAAUGGGCACGGGAGCUCUGGCCACCUCUGUCUGCAGAGAGCACUGCGACCAAGUGCCCUGGGAAAAGACUGAAGCCUUUGGCAGAUUUAUGGGGAACACAAGGAACAGAGCUCUCCCUCCUCCUAGUAACCUGACCCUCCCUGCCUGCUGAUCCCCAGAGUAUAAAUAAUCCCUUGAUGAACUGGCAGUAACCCUUGAGGGGUAGCGCCAAGAUUGCCACCCCAACCCAAGGAAGGAGACAGGCGGCGUGAACAAAAG